AUGAGCUUGUCCUGCAUCUUCAUCCGUCCAGGCCCUCGCUGGUGGGACACAAAAGGCGACAUCAUCUUUGCGAUGUACCUGAUGCGCACGAUGAAGCUCGACUACACGGGUUGUGCUCAGGAGGAGGUGCCCGAGAUAGGCCACAGUCAAGAUGCGGUAACAGGAGCUUGCGAAGCCGUACAAGAGGGGUGUCACUUUGAAGCAAGACUGUCUGAUGACAGUUUGCUUUCACGUGAAUGCACGUUACUAGCCUUUGCUUCUGGACUUGUCUUCAACUUUGUUCUUCAUCUUUCCGGCCUCCUUCCUCGUCAGCUUCACCCAGACAUCCUCGAAAGGCUUUCCUGCAGAUUCGCCACACACAUGGCUCAGCCAGCUCGCAAAAAGCAGCGCACGACUUCAUCGGUCAAGUCGCUUUCGCACAGUCAGUCGCCCACGACUAUCGCCGCCACCGAUCCGUCCUCCGAUGACCAAAUCAAGACAUCCGAGAGCGAAUUGUCCAGCGAGGGUACCGACAACGAUGCGCAAACCCAGCCAUUCCGCUUCCUCGACCUCUCUCCCGAACUCCGCAUCAAUAUCUACGAGAUCGUGGCAAGUGCGCAAUCACCCAUCAUACUAAGCAACAAGGGGCAUUUGCAAGUCGACUCCAGGCUGUGUUCCGUCAGUCGACAAGUUAGGAGCGAAUACCUCUCGGUGUUCGAAGAUGCGCCAGAGAUCACGACUGUUGUGUCACGAUUCAACUUCGGGCCAACCAUCAGCUUCAUCAAUCGUCUGUCUGAAGAGCGCGUCAACAAGUUUUCCAGCUUCAGCAAGUCUCCGAUCAAGCGAACGAUCAACAUCAGACUUUUGCUGCCUGGAUAUGUCUCCAGCUACGAGCGCGCUGAAAUCCAGCAGUUUCAAGGCUUCUUGACUUCACCACCGCCACGCAAGAAGGUCCGCCCAAAUCCUGUGGAGGAGCUGAGUUCAGGCAAAGAUCAGUCCGACUCUGAGCCACGACUGAGCACUACGGCGCACUCCGAUCGUUCAUCAUUCAACGAUCAGACAUCCCCAGAGCGAGCCUCCGCCGACCAGACCUACGCUGAUCGAGAUACGGCCAAUCAAGUCCCUGCCGACCAAGGCUCGACGCCAGCGAUGCCAUUUCGUUUCCUCGACCUGGCGCCUGAGCUGCGCGACGCAAUCUACCAAAUGGAUGUUACGGAUCAUGCGCCUAUCAUACUGAAGCGAAGCGGCCGGCUCAUCGUCAAAUCGAAGUUGUGUGCCGUCAGCCGCCAAGUGAGGGACGAAUACCUCACUGCCCUUGAGUAUACUCCGGAGAUCAAGACCAUCGUCGAACGCUUCGACUUGCGACCAAUCGUCACGUUUUUAAAUCGACUCUCGCAGGCGCACGCCCACAAGCUAUCAAGAUCUGCCAUUUCACCAGAAAACCGAAGCAUCACCAUCAUCUUCAAGGAACCUUACAGACGCUCGCAAUUCAACGAUGCGCUCUUGAAGCGCUGGUUGAACAGAUUCGAAACAGUAAACAAGAGAGGAUUGGACAUGAAUUUCUCUUAUAGCUUCAGGGCGAGCGGACGAAUCAUUUCACAUACGGCACAAACGACUGCGCAUGCUUUCUUGACUGGCUUGAUGGCUGGGUACACUGGUCGUGCGGUGGAAGAGCUGCAAAAUGUGAUCAAUUCGCUGGCUGCUCUAUACAGGAAUGCUCGCCGCUCCGGAGGUAGCUACUGGUGGCCUCUAGUCGCUGUGCCCGGUUCAGCUUGAGGCUACACAUCACAUCCGUCUGGUUUGGGGAGCGGAGUGAGGUGGGUGGGUUUCGAGGCAU